GUUUUUUCUGAGUCGCGCGGUUAUUGUACAUUCGCGACAUCUGUCGGGCGUUCUGGUAUUCACCUGACGACGCGCUGGACGAACAUGACGAUAUCAAUUUUGCUUUAGCUGCACCUUUUUCUUGGAUACUGACUGCCUCUUCGCUUUCGCACAGAUUUAGCCACAGUGUUAACCAUGCCUCCUGGCACGAUCCCUGUAGUACGGCAACAGUAGCUGUAAACAUGUCACAUAAUAAAUAAUGUCACAUGACUGAACGCUCUGUAGGGACCUGAAUAGAGAGUUGUGGUGUCCGUGAGCCAAUGAGAACUAGCGACAACCAUCAAGAUGAUGCAGGAGAGAAGUCUAAUGAAUCAAAAUCUCAAGAGGAUAUAACAGCUUUAGUAGAAAAUUCUGAAAAAAAUGUAAAGAGUGAGGAAGGUGGUGAUGACAGUGAUAAUGAUAAUGAACAGGAAGGAAAUGGUGAUGGUGAGGAGGAGGAAGAGGAGGUUGAUCAUGAGGGGGAGGGAGAGGAGGAGGAGGAGGAAGAAGAGGAAGAAGAAGAAGAGAGUGAUGAAUAAGUUUAGACUACAUUAUUGUACAAAUAUUGUUCAAAAUCAUGCAAUCAAAUUUGAUUAAUUGGAACUCCUUUAAACAUGGUAAUUAGUAUGUAAUGAAUAAAGAAGUAAUGGCUUGUAAUAAGUUUCAAAUCUUACAUAAAGGAAAUAACUGUUCCAUUUGUUCCUGGCGGUACUUUGUUCAUUAUGCUGUAUGAAAAUAAUUAUUUUGGAUUUGCAAAAUGGAUGUGAAGUGUAUCUGAAAUUAAUUUUAGAUGAGCAAUGUAAAUAAAAUGAUUACCAAAUUCGACAAUUUUAAGGUGUGAAUUAAAAAAAGAUACUUAGAGGACUCGUAUGUGAUUUACUUUUUCUGAAUAUUUGUUGUGGUGCUUAGUGUUCAGAAAAUUGGACACUACUUUUUAAGUAAUUAGACAUGAAAAUUUUGGUUUGAUAUAAAUAUAGCUCAGUAGGGCUGUAGAUUUUUCAAGUCAGAAAAUCUGCAGUUGCUUUUUGCAAAGCUGUCUGUACACAUUCCUUUCUUGUAUUGUGUCAAGAACCAUAAUAUAAGAUUUGUGUGGAUAUCUUAUAUUGUGGGUAAGGGUAUUAGUAAAGUUUCUGUCCAAAAUGAGUAUGCCGGUCCUUUUCCUUUGUUUCCCUGAUCAAUACCAUGCAGAACACUCUCUCUCGUUACCCGAACUCUUAAGUUACCCGAACAAAUAUCCUGAUACCUUUUUUCUUUAAUAUUUCAUCAAUAAACCCAACAAAAUCUUCAUCCGUUUAAACUAUGAUCUCGGCUGGUUCUCUUACUUGCCAAUACAUGGUAAACUGACAGUGAUGGCAUACUAUAUAAAUCAUGAUUUUUCAAAGCCCUCAACCUCCGAGAAUUGAUAAUGAGGAGGAAUCGACCUCCGAGACAUUGUUUUGUCAACUAGAGUGAAAAAAGAAAGCUGAUUCUAAGAAUGACAUCAUACAACAACGAAAGAUAAAAUUCACCCAUCAUGUACUGAUCAGCAUAUCUUUUGUCGAUCAUUGAAGGAUGUUGUAAUACAGAAAAAUGUGGACGGUAUUUUUUAAGCAGCAAAUGAAUAUCAAAAGUUUAGUAAAUAAAACUUACACAAAAUGAUUUACAAAUAUUAUUAUAUUACAAUAUAUUAAUAUUACAAAUAUUAAUAUAAGCAAACUAAUUGUACUGUGUAUGGUUCACUGCGACCAAAAGUGUUAAAGAAACAUCGUGGACAAAAUGGGAAAGUAUAUGAACUAAGUUAUGCAAAGUAAACUUUUAACUAUGAAUAAUAUUGUUGCAAAAAUAACAAUAGAAUAUUAUAAAUAUUUAAUUUUCCUCAAUACCUGUUUCACAUGUGUUAGAAAAAUAUAUUUUCUUUACAUUGCACUUCCCUUCCUGUCUCACAGUAUGUCUACUUUAUAUUUUUUCUUUUUAAAAAUAUUUAUUAUAUGUAACACAAUUGUUACACGGCGGAGUUCUCAAAGAAAUUUAAUCGCAUGUUCUAUAUGCUACUUACUUAUUCUUCGGGUUGUAUACUGUAUGCAUAGUAGUCGGUAAUGUAGAAAAUAAGUCUACAUUAUCAACUACUAUGUGUUCAGCUUAAAAUUAGUUCAGUUGGAUAAUUCAAAAUUUUAAUGCUAUGUACAGGUCAGUUUUCAAGCAAUAUUUUGUAGAAUAUUAUCCACAAGUUUGAUCAACACCUGCAGUGUAUUGAUGUGUGGUUUAUGGUUACAUUUUCCAAGAAUUGCCUCUGUUUUCAAUAUUUUCAGUGAAAAACAAAUUGAGACACCUUUUUAGAGAUGAUCUUAAAGUCACAAUUGUUUGCUGCUUUCAUUUAUUUUGUAAACCAUAAACUGUAUCAACUCUGUUCGUCUGACUUGCAGUACGUCUACAGUUUGUAAACGUAUCACUUCAUUCUAAAGAAAAAUAAUUUUUCAGAUAAAAUCAGUGAAAUUACUUUUUUUCUACUCAAGCCUGUCUUAAUUCAAAAACCAUGAUUAAUGAACGGGAAAAAUCUUUCUUAAACUUGGUACAUUUCUCUCUAUGAAUGAUGAGAUAUUUUUUGUGAUUCAAUCAUCAUGUGGAUUUAAUUACAAAACUUUUUUUUUUGCUGGACCAUACAACUCAUGUUUCAUUGUUUUACAUGUAUUAAACAAGACCUGAAAACGAUGCAAAGCGGAAGCUGUAAGCAAUGCUCGCUUAUUUCUUCAGGAGGUAUCUGAAAUAUUAGGAGACACAUUAAAAAACUUUUCAGGAUUUAAUUAUAUGUAACGGAAUCUACAAGAUCGGCUCUGUAACCAAGGAGUCAAAAUGAUGCUUCGCAGGCUCUACAUAAAUUCGAUUAUUUUUCAUGAAAUAUGUUUUUUUCUCAAUUCAGUUUUUAACAUAUUGUAAAUAAAUGAAAUUAAAGAAAAAUCACAAAAUCUCAAAAUUCUGUCUUAUAAAACAAAAGUUGCAAUGACGAAGACAGCGCAAGGAGUCUAAAUGACUGUAGAAUCUCUGCGCAUUCUGGUGUUCAAUGCUGAAAAAGAAUUCUGAAUUUCUGUGGUGGUGACUGAAACAUAUUUAAAAACCAUUUCUGGAUUAAAUCCUGUAUGGAGAACUGCUUAAAAUACCUUAUACUUUUUUCAGAACCGUACAUAUAGGAUUUUUGGUAGCACCAUUUGUAGUUCUUUGGAAACAAUUUCCCCAACCUCGCAGCUUUCUUUAACUGACUUUCUUCAACACUCCGUGUUCUUGCUAAUAAUUUACAGCCUACAGGUACGUCACCCGCAUCUUGUCAAUAUUGGCAAGAUGGAGUUAGUGGCGAAGGCAGAUUGGGAUAUCUUUCUUUGUGAGUUGCUAUUCUAGAAUUUGAUUUUAAAAAUACUUCCUUUAUGGAGAAUAUUAAAUCAUUGAUUUGGGAGAACUGGUUUAGAACCUCUGCUACUUAUUGAAAUACAUGUGCCAGACAAGUAAUGCUAGUUAAAUUCGGGAAAAAUAUCUUCAAUAGUUUCCCCAACUGAUAUUAUUUAUGGUUGCUGCAUCAGUAUACUGUAACAAAACUAUUUCAUCCUUUACGCCAUUUGGAUACAGUACUUUCAGUCCAGAGUUAAUGAAGUAGGCAACUGAUUGAAUAUUCGUGAGCUCAGCUCACUAUUUUGGCUCAACACCUUCGAAUAAAUCAAAUGUGAGUUUCCAGAAAAUCCAGAUGCAGGAUUCUCCUAUUUCGGACCUUAUUUCAUUCAACUGAUUCAUACACCAUAUCAAGUUAAUUUUUCAAAGCGUAUUGUUCCCUUUUUUAAAAAAAUAUGUAUAAUCUCAUUGACAACUAAGGUCUUUAAUGACUGAAUACUUGUGCAUUGAGUUCACAAUAAUAGUGAAAUAUGAACAGAUUGUGUAUACUUACACAAACAUUGGAUACAAUAACAGAUUGAAUACAAUUGUAAAUCAGAUACAAACAGAUUGAGUACAAUUCAUACACACUAAAGGGUAUUAUUUCUUUGCAAUUAUUUAUUUGUAAUUAUAAAAAUGACCUUGUAUUUUCAACUACAUUCUAAGGAAUGUUGGCUGCAGCGAAUAUCAAAAUAGAACUGGGAUUUUAUUUUGGCAGGCAUGAACUGUGCAAAUAAAGUUAGCUUUUGAGAACCUUCAUUUACAGAAUUUGCUUGAUGCAUUGAAGUUAACUCAUGUUGUACUAAAUUACUUCUUUUUUCAGCUAAAACCUUAAAUAGAAAAAUAUAUU